AUAGUCCUAUUGCAACUCUGCAAACUUUUUUUCCCCUUCAUUUUUCCCCAUUCCCCGUGCUGCCGAGGCGUCUGCCGCGCCCCUUCCUGCUCUCCCCAUCCCCGACCACGGUCCCCGUCUUCGCCGGCCAACUCAUCAGCCGCCGGGGACCAAACCCUAACCCAGUGCGACCGCGUCUCCGCCGAUAUCCGCUCGCCUCCCCGCCCGAUCUCCCCUCCGGACGCGGGGCCGUGGGGCUGACCCCUUGACGGAUGCCAGCGCCCCGCGGUUGCGCGCGCCGAGGCCGUGGAGGGCAGCGGCAGCGGAAUCCGGUCGCCGAGCCACGAGCCGCGAGGUCUCAGGUGCUGUAGCCGCAGCCGCCGCAGUCUCAGCAGCAGCAGCAGCAGCAGCAGCGCGAAGAGGAGGAGCAGGAGGGAGGGUAGGCGAAGGGAUGGACGACUUCGACAGCGGUGGCCGGAGCGGGGACAAGGCAGGCGCCGGCCCGGGCGACGACGGGGGCGCCCCGCCGCUGCCCCGGACGGUACAAAUUGGAAAUUCACCAACCUAUAAGCUUGAAAGGAAGCUUGGAAAGGGAGGAUUUGGACAAGUAUAUGUUGGUCGACGUAUUUCUGCCCCUCGUCUCAGUGACCGGAACCCUGGUUCAAAUGCUUUAGAGGUUGCACUGAAAUUUGAACAUCAAACUAGCAAAGGAUGCAACUAUGGAGCUCCUUAUGAGUGGCAAGUUUACAACACUCUUAGUGGAAACCAUGGUGUCCCACGGGUACACUACAAAGGAAAGCAGGCCGAGUUUUAUAUCAUGGUUAUGGAUAUGCUGGGACCAAGCCUAUGGGAUGUUUGGAAUAACAAUUCCCACUCAAUGUCUGUUGAGAUGGUUGCUUGCAUAGGCAUAGAGGCAAUCUCCAUACUGGAGAAGAUGCACUCUAAAGGGUAUGUCCAUGGUGAUGUGAAACCUGAGAACUUCUUGCUUGGUCCUCCUGGUACCCCAGAUGAGAAGAAGCUUUUUCUUGUUGACCUUGGACUGGCCACUAAAUGGAAGGAUGCUGGUACGGGACACCAUGUCGAAUAUGAUCAGAGACCUGAUAUCUUUAGGUUUGGUUGGAAAUAUUUGUAUGAUGUCCUUUACCAUGCACAUUGCUUCAUUGUAAUGCUUUUGUCAUAUGCUUUUUGCUUCAUAAACAGGGGCACUGUUCGCUAUGCUAGUGUGCAUGCCCACUUGGGAAGAACUGGGACCAGGAGAGAUGACCUUGAAUCCCUCGCAUACACACUUAUUUUUCUUCUCCGUGGUCGCCUCCCUUGGCAAGGAUACCAGGGAGAGAACAAAGGUUUUCUCGUCUGCAAGAAAAAGAUGGCGACAUCUCCAGAGUCUUUGUGUGGAAUUUGCCCACAACCUUUCCGGCAUUUUGUUGAGUAUGUCGUGAACUUGAAAUUUGACGAAGAACCAAACUAUGCGAAGUGCAUUUCUCUUUUUGAUGGCAUUGUUGGCCCAAAUCCAGACAUAAGACCGAUAAACACAGAUGGUGCUCAGAAGCUAAUAUACCAGGUUGGCCAGAAGAGAGGCCGCUUAGUAGUGGAUGAAAACGAUGAUGAACAACCUAAGAAGAAGAUCAGAAUGGGGAUGCCGGCAACUCAGUGGAUUAGUGUGUACAAUGCCCGUCGACCUAUGAAACAGAGGUACCACUACAAUGUAGCUGAUAAUAGAUUACUACAGCAUAUUCAAAAGGGAAAUGAAGAUGGUUUGUUUAUUAGUUCAGUUGCCUCAUGCUCAAAUCUGUGGGCUUUAAUUAUGGAUGCUGGAACUGGUUUUACAUCACAAGUAUACGAACUCUCUCAUCACUUUCUGCACAAGGAAUGGAUAAUGGAGCAGUGGGAGAAAAAUUUCUAUAUCACCGCACUGGCCGGUGCAAAUAAUGGCAGCUCUCUGGUGAUCAUGUCAAGAGGAACGCAAUAUGCACAGCAGUCCUACAAAGUAAGUGAUUCAUUUCCCUUCAAAUGGAUAAACAAAAAAUGGAAAGAGGGCUUUUAUGUUACUGCUAUGGCAACCGCUGGGAGCCGAUGGGCAGUUGUCAUGUCCCGCAAUGCUGGUUUCAGUGCUCAGGUAGUGGAGCUUGACUUCUUAUAUCCAAGUGAAGGCAUCCACAUGCGUUGGGACAAUGGUUAUCGCAUCACGGCCACAGCUGCCACGUGGGACCAGGCGGCCUUUAUCUUGAGUGUCCCUAGGAGAAAGCCUACUGAUGAAACACAGGAGACCCUGAGGACAUCUGCUUUCCCCAGCCAGCAUGUGAAGGAUAAAUGGUCCAAGAACCUCUACCUUGCUUCCAUUUGCUAUGGAAGAUCCGUAUCAUGAAGCCCGUUUUUCUAAAGUAAGAUAUACUAAUAUGAACCACAGGUGGUUCUAUGAUAAGAGAUGGGGGAUUUUGAAGCUCAAACUUUGCUAACCUACUUACCCGCAGCUAACAAAAGGUAACCUAUAUGAAAGAAAGCAAAGCUGGUUGUGUUUGGCUAGCAUGCAGCAAAGAACAGUGUGGUCUGUUUUUUUGUCGGUUGUGUAUAAAUUAUCAAAAGCAUUAGAGUAUGUUGUAAAGAAUGUAGAGGUGUACCUGCUGAACCAUUGCCAUGUACAGAAAUUUAGCUUUACAAGGUUGUUUGGCUCCCAAAGUCCCCAGA